CGGCGGAGGAGCGUGAACCACAAUGCUGCGGCGGCAGGCUCGGCAGCGCCGUGAGUACCUGCAGCGCCGAGCACAAGAGGAGCAACUGCGGCGGCAGGAGGAGAAGAAGCAGAAACUGAGACAGGCACUGGAUGAGAACCGUCUGUUGCCCACGGAGCUGCGGCGUGAGGCCUUGGCCCUGCAGAAGGAGCUGGAGUUGGACACCCCAGGGCUGGAUGGCACUGGCAGCCAGGAUGAUGAGUACCGCUGGGCAGGUCUGGAGCCCCCCAAGGUGAUGGUAACCACAUCCCGGGAGCCCAGCUCGCGGCUCCGUGUCUUUGCCAAGGAGCUGUGCCUGCUGCUGCCUGGUGCCAGGCGCAUGAACCGCGGCCGGGCAGAGCUGGGGGCCCUGGUCGGGGCCUGCCAGGCUGCGGGGGUCAGCGACCUGCUGGUGGUGCAUGAGACUCGCGGCCGGCCUGAUGGGUUGGUCCUGUGCCACCUGCCCCAUGGCCCCACCGCUCACUUCACUCUCAGUGGCGUCAUCCUGCGGCAGGAGGUUGCGGGCCUCGGGGGGGCUCCUCUGGCUGCUCCCCACCUGCUGCUGCUCCACUUGGACUCCCCCCUGGGCCGAAGGAUUGGGACCAUCCUGAAGCAUCUCUUCCCUGUGCCCCGCCCAGACAGCCACCGAGUGGUCACCUUUGCCAACCAGGACGACAUCAUCUUGGUCAGGAACCACGUCUACAAGCGCCAGGGUAGGACCGUGGAGCUGGAGGAGGUUGGACCCCGGUUCCAGCUGCGCCCCUACCUGAUUCGCCUGGGCACACUGGAGCAGGGCGAUGCUGCCGACGUCGAGUGGCGCUGGCACCCCUACACUGCCACUGCCCCCAAGCGCCGCCUGCUCAGCACCACCUGAGCUGGGCCUUGGCACCCUGCUGAUGCUUGGGUGCCUUCCUGGACACCUGGAGACCCUCUUGGAUUCCUGAGUUCCCUCUUGAUGUUUGGGUCCUCUCCUGAUACCUGGGUGCCCUUGUGAUGCUUGGGUGUCCUUAUGGACAGAUGGGUGGUCCUGAUGCCUGGGACCCCUCCUGGGCACCUGAGUCCCCUCCUGGUCCCCGUCAAGAUGUUGGGGUCCCCUCCUGGUGCUGCCCGGGUCCCUCAGGCUCAGCUUUUC